AUGUCUUCAAGCAAACCGAAGGCCAAACCGGCUAAUCGCCCAUCCGUGAGGCACCCGAGUCACAACCAUCCAUUGCGUGUCUUUAAACCCAAAGAAGAAGAUGAGACCGUUUGCUCUGGAUGCGAGCUCCAGCUGACCGAGCAAGCUUUCAAGUGUACAAAGUCGGAAUGCGAUUACUUCUUGCACAAGUCAUGUUUCGACCUACCUGGUGAGAGUCAUCACAAGUCUCAUCCUGACCACCCUCUGACCUUGCUUCAUUCCCCACCUGAUGACCAAUCCGUCUACACGUGCGCUGCAUGUGACCAAUACGGAUCUGGAUUCACUUACCACUGCUCUAGCUGCAACUACAAUCUUCAUGUUGGAUGUGCUUUGCUCCCUGAAACUAUAGAUCGUGAAGAUCAUGAGCAUCCGCUCACUCUUCUUUAUUGCACAUCAUGUAAAGGUCGUGAAGACACGAUCUUCAUUUGCAGCGCUUGUGAAGACACUGUUUCAGAAGAUCUAUGGGUGUAUUACUGCAAGGAAUGUGAUUAUGGAACACAUGUACUCUCAUGUGUGGCAGAGGAAGAUCAAGAAUCAAAUGAAGAGGAGGAGGAAGAAGAAGAAGAAGGAGACAUGAGCUCUCCAGCUUCUAGGAUAAAGUCGUUGAUGAAGACUCGGGACGAGAUGGCGGCUUUGCAGCUAGAAGCACGUAUUAGGAAUGAUGCGAAUGAGGCUGCGCUUGAUCUUUGGGAUCAACCAAAGCGGAGAUACUAUUGGUAA